UCCAGUAUAGGAUACAAGGAAUAAGGAAAAGCCCGAGUGACAAGGUGGUUCGAUUGAAAUAUAGUGCAGUGUUUAUAUAAUGGAGCAGUGGUACGGAGUUCAAAGAGGUAUUUCCAAGGAAGUCGAGGGAUUAUUCGUGUUUGCGUGGGUUAAGAAAUUAUCUGCAAGGUUUCCGAACUUUACCCAGUGCUCGGUAGUGUUCGCCUAGAGGAGGAUCAUUAACUGGUUUAUUCAUAGAACGAAACCUGUGACAGGAAGGUGAAUGACUAGAAUUAAACUUAGCCUAGUCAGAGGCUUGUGGUUGAGCCUGAAAGUGUGAUGGACAGUUGUUAGCCGACCGAUGUCAGUCAAACGAAAUUAGUGAGGAGAAGAAAAAAUUGAGAAAAAAUCGCGAGAACGAAAGGACGAGAAAAAAACUGCUUCGAGGAGAGAGAAUUAAAAAAAAGAGUGAAUUAGAUAAGAGGGUAAGCGGACGUCAGGCGAGGACAAUGUCCUAUUGCAGGAUCACCGGAAGGAGUAGAGGACUUCCAAAGCCUAAUUACUUCCCACUUCUUCCACCGAUCAGUCCAGCUGCGGCAAAACGCUGGUGUCGAAUAACCGGAAAAUCUUACGGGCUACCGACUCAUCACUACAUUCCCGUUUUACUCGGAGCUCACGCACCCGGUAAACCGAAAUGCAAAAUCACUAAUGCUUCCGGGCUCGGACCCCAUCAUUUCGCCGUAGGAGUUACCGUCGGAGAAAAAAAGAAGCACGUCGUCGUGCAGGAUUACCGUUACGUAUUUCCGAUAUUGAAUUCCGAAAAUGAGCAGCAAAAAGUGCUCAGAGAUUUACUGGACGCCAAGCAAUCCACCCCGGAAGAAGACGGCGCGAGAUUUGUUUAUACGGUCGAGGAACGCAGAUGCAGUCUCGUUUUUCCAGCUAGUCUGGAGGCGGCGGUGCGCGAUGGAGACGUACGCGAUGUGAUGUUGUCGAGAGACUGCGACACGGUACUCCUACGAUUAAAACAGGGAAAGAACGUUUCCGUGGAUUUUCGUGACUUGGAGAACUACGAAAAUCUUUACGACGGCUUGGGGCCCAGAGAGGAUGUGCUCAAAGAACGAGAGAGGCUGGAAGCGGAGGCGAGAAAACGCAAGAGAAAACGACAGGCGGGACUCAGUUACGCGAAAAAAAUAUUCGAAGAUAAGGAGAGGGCCGCGGAUGAAGAAGAGCUGAAAAGAGUCAAACAGGUGAAACUACAGAGUGUCAAGGAGGAAGCGAAGGAAGAAACUCAGGACUGGAAACACGUGAACUUGGAGAACGUUCUAACCAACGGGAGAUCUCUCAUUGCAACCUCGGGCGAGUGGCAAGACCUGGUGAAACCUUUGAUGGAAGCCUGGGACUGGAACUCGUUCGAAACAGAAGCGGCCGCGGCGAAUGGACUUCCGGUAGUGGACAGAAUGCUCCAUCCGAUAAAAGCUGAUGCAAAAACUAUAAAUUUAGAGAACACAGUAACCGGAACUAUAGGUUCUCCGAUUUAUGACGCAGCAGGUGGACUGGAAACCAUCGCGGUAGUCACACCUUUCACGCCGUUGAACGCCGAGCCCGAUACCGCGCUGCAAGAAGCCCUGAUGAAUAUCUCUUCGCAGGAUCUCGAGCUGACGUCCGAUGUGAUCACCAAGUUCAACGCUGUCGGUAGACAAGCCGUUGAAACGCUACCGCAAAUCGACGAGAUCCCCGAACUCGUCCAGAAAAUGGGGUCGGGUGUUCAAACGGAAAUGCAUAAAGUGAGAGGCCUGAAACUCGAUAUAAAAUCAGCUCAGCGGUUCGUUGCAGGACAGACGAUCCAAACACCUUCGGGUCCAGUUUUCGUUCCUGGACAGACCGUAGAAACUCCCCAUGGACCCGCAUUCGUUCCCGGAUUCACCGUGGCUACACCUGACGGGCCGAUUCUUAUUCCUGGCCAAAUCGUUGACGCGACCGAAGUAGGGGGCAACAAAACGCCGAUGUUCGUCGCCGGACAAACGCUACCUACGAAAAACGGUCUUCGAUUCGUUCAAGGGCAGACCAUUCAUACGGUUGAUGGGGCUAAGUUUGUUCAAGGGCAAACCGUACUGACUGACGCAGGGCCGAAAUUUGUCGCCGGUCAGGUAACGGAAGGGCUCGAAUUCAUCCCUGGACAGACAAUCGUGACGGAAGACGGCAGUCGAUGCUUCAUGCCGGGGCAAACUUUGACUAACGAGGACGGUGAGCACCUGUUCAUUCCCGGUCAGAGUGUGCAGAGAGGCGAAUCUUGGGAAUUCGUUCCCGGACAGUGCGUCACGUCGCCUCGCGGUGACGCGGCUUUCGUUCCCGGUCAGACAAUGCUGACGUCGGAAGGACCGAGUUUUGUACCGGGGCAAAAUGUCACCGUGAAUAGCGGUGAGACGCGAUUCGUACCCGGUGUCACGGUCGAGACGGAGAUGGGGCCUAAAUUCGUCGCGGGAACGACCUUGAAGACUCCCGAAGGGCGAAAGUUUGUCGAAGGUCAGAUAUUAAAAACCCCCGAUGGCGAAAGAUUCGUACCGGGAAUAACGAAGUAUUUGGAUGGCAACGAAAGCUUCCAGUUCGCAGCCGCGAAAAAUCUCGAGGAUCUGCUGUAUCUCGACGCCGGUCCAGUCGGGAUACCGAUAGAUCCAAAGACGGCGAAUACUCUGUCGCUCUCCAGUCAGAUCAAUGAAGUCUUCGGUCACAUGGUGCAAACCGACAAGGGUGUGGAAUUCUUUCCACAGUCCGUAAAAAGCUUACCGCUUGUAGGGAAAAAAGUUGUUCCAGGCCGUUUGAUUCGCGGUGGCAAAGACGGGGCCAGAUUUGUUCCCGGUAUGAUGACCGACGACGGAUUCAUUCCGGGUCAAGUAGUGAUGACGGAAAAUGGGGAACAAUUCGUUCCCGGUCAGGUAGUGGAAACUACCGAGGGUCCGAAAUUCGUACCCGGGCAAGUGGUGGAAACGCGAAGCGGGCCAAAAUUUGUACCCGGGCAAACUGUGGAAACCGCGGAUGGACCGCGUUUUGUACCGGGGCAAAUCGUCGAGACGAAAGCGGGGCCCACUUUCAUCCCGGGUCAGGUGAUCUCCACGGAGGACGAAGGGUCCAGAUUCGUUCCUGGUCAAGUUGUCGAUACUCCGGACGGGCCCAGAUUCGUUCCCGGUCGUGUGGUGGAGGCCGGUGACCGCGGAGUGACCUUUGUUCCGGGACAAAUCGUACAAACCGAAGAAGGUCCUCGAUUCGUCGCGCCGGAUCUGACGGACACUCCCGAGGGAGGACUCGAAUUCUCCGUUCAGGGUUUCGAAGUCACUCCGGAAGAACUGCGACUCCUGAGACCACGUCAUUACUUGAGCUACGAUUCGACUUCGGCGGGACAUCGGGGUGAAAUGAGCAUCGACGCGAGGAUGCUGAGACAACUGUCGGAGGCAGGAAUGUCCGUGGGCCGACAAUUUCCGACCGAAUUACCAGCGGUUGACGUGGACGUUGACCCGAGAUCUGUAGCGCUCGAGCACGCUCUGGAAAUCGUUGAAAAACUUGGGCUGCAGGGAAAUGCUGCCGUAAAAAUGGCCCAGGUCGUGUCCACCGUAGCGAGGCUGGCAAGUAAUAUCGUGGAGCAAAAUAUACCGGGAAAAAUGGCGAACGGAAGAGGUUCCCCAACGAAUCACAGACUUUUAUCAAACGGGGAAAAAGAGGAAUGGCAGCAGAACGGUCAUGAAAUCGACGACGUCUUUCGGGAAGCGGUCAAAGCCGCUGUGAUGGCAGCUGCCUUAGCCAUAAGUCAGCAAAAUUCGUCGGGCGAAGUCGAAGAUCAAGAUUACGUCUUUUCAGCCAUCAGCGAAUCCUUCAACGUUCUACUGAGACAAAAUUCAUUGAAUUUCGAAAACGCCGUGGAAGAAGUUCACAAGAUAUUGCUCGUUCCUCAAAAUCGAAGUGUCGUCUGCCACGGCGUUCUUUUAGAUUUACUCGAGGCAAGUAGUAACAAAGUAGAUAUCUUGAGAUCGACGAUCGGGGGCCAAUAUCUAAAAGACGAAGUUGUCCUGGAUAGAUUAUCCGCGGUACUCGACGAGGAGCACGGUAGCGAUAUGGUGGGUGCCGCUUUCAGGACCUUUUCCAAAAACGACCCGGACCUCGUCUCCCGGGUGCUUCGGAAAGUUACCGAAGAUGCGGCGGGUGUAUUCACGGAAAAAGAAGCGGCGGAAACGGUGCACAGGGCGAUCGUCCACGCAGUCCGUGAAUCCAGCGAACUGAAAGUCCAAGAACUUCUGAACGACGACGGCUCGAACGUCCGCGAGUUACUGCUCCAAGCUGUCGGCCUUGCCAGAGCACUCGGUAUGUCCUCAACUGCCAGCAGUCUUUUGGCAGUAAUUUCGGACGAAAAAUCAACGCGCGCCUUGUCCGGCGACCGGAUGACCGUCGACAUCUUGAAGAGGCUCACCGUCAUGCGACAGCUUGCCGAACAGAGACCGCAAUUCAGCAGAGCUCUCAGAGACCUGUGCAGUGACCCGGAAUUGGCAAGGUCGGAUCCUCGGCUCCGGGCUCUAGUCAGAGAAAGCGCAGCCCUUAUGAUAGUUCCGGAAGAGGCACCGCUCCAGUCUUCGGCCGAUGUACCAACUGCCCUGCUGCACGCGGAGAAUAGUUUAGCGAUAGAGGAAUUUCUCAUGCAAAGAAACCACAAGCCGUCGGCUAUUUUCAUGAUACUUAAGCAAGGCAUGCAGGCCGUUGUUCCCAGAGAAGCUUCGAGAGCUGUUCUCACCGGUCAAGUAUCUUACACCGUUCUUGACGAGGACGGUAUCAGCCAUUUCGAACCUCUCCACGUUUUUUCUGCCCUUCGUUUGAACAGACCGACCGCGCACAAAUUUUCCAUGUACUGCUGUCCGGUAGCUCGCGAGGAAGACGCGGACGCGGAAAUGGUGUCUACGGUAACCGGUGACAUUUCCGUAACGUCUGCGAGCAGCCUCGACGGAUUGGGAGUCGCGAACGGUACGAGGCACGAAAGUAGCGGAGUGAGUCUCUCGAGGUCAGAACAAUUUGGAGGGUACUCAGCCAGCCGAGAAAAUACUCCUAGCUUCCGGAGGUUAAGCAGUCUUCACCCCAAUAACAGCUGCGAGUCGGUUUCCUCCGAGCACUACGUAGUAAUCCAGGAUUACAAGGCGGAAGGAGAGGAUGGACUUUCCGUAGCCGUCGGCGACAUCGUUGAGGCUGUGGAACACGCCGAGUCUGCAAAGAAACUGAAGACCGACCCCGACCUCGAAGUCGGAGGUGACGUUGGCGUCCGUUUGGACAAUUCUGCAGCUAAACACAAGCUUUCUGUACGACCGCGUCGAAAUCAUGCCGAUCCAAGGGCGAGGGGGACCAUCAGAUUAAAUGGUACCAAUGACAGGGUGUAUGUGCGAACCAGCGAUGGCAAAGAGGGAUGGGUUCCGUCUGCCGUUGUCAAGCAGACCAUGGUCAGCGAAGAAAGCUCGACAUUGACGAGUCAAACGCGACCCGAAGAUUCUCAUUAUCGUCGAGAAGCUGUAAUAAAGGAACUGGUGGAAACGGAGGAAGAAUUCGGCAAAGAUAUACAAUUGGUGGUUGAGCGUUAUUUGAAGCCUUUGGACCAUCAAGGAGUACCGCGAGCCGUACGUGAUAACAAAGAUCUCAUCUUUACGAACCUCAAACAAAUAGCCGAGUUUCACAACACGGUGUUGAUCGAGGGAGUUAAAUACUACGCGGACCAACCACGGAUGCUGGGCAAGACGUUCUUGAGACUGGAAAGAGAUUUUGACAAGCACGUGGCUUACUGCAGAGACGAACCAUCCGCCCAGGAAUUUCUUCAGGCGAACGACGAGGUCCGGGAUUAUUUCGAGGAGCUGAGCCAGACUCUCGGAGACGACAAGAGCGUUUCGGAGCAUUUGAAGCUCCCCAUACAACGCAUAAACGACUACCAGCUCCUUCUUAAGGAGCUGGUGAAGUAUUCGACCCGGCUAGGCGAAAACUGCGACGACCUCCAGAAAGCUCUGGAGUUGAUGCUAGGCAUCCCGCACAGAGCAACCGAUAAUACUUUCAUCAGUAACAUCGAAGGAUACAAAGGAAAUAUCCACAAGCUCGGAAGACUGUUGACUCACGAGUGGUUCAGUGUCGUCGACAAAGAUAACAAGAGCAAAGAGCGAUAUUUAUUCCUGUUCAAAGCGCGGAUACUCGUUUGCAAGGUCAGACGCAUUUCGGAAGACAGAUCCGUCUUUGUCUUGAAGGAUAUUAUUCGACUGCCGGAAGUAGAAGUGAAGGAUCAUCCCGAGGAUCAACGUAGCUUCGAGUUGCAUCACACAACUCCAAGUACACCGGGUUAUCCCGUUACUUUGAUCGCUCACAAAGACCUGGUCAAACAAUAUUGGUUGAAGGAAAUACGCGAGUACGCGAGUGAUGUUGUCGCAUUAGCGGAACACGCCGCUGACGAUCUACAGCUCACCGAAGUCCCGGAGGAUUCGAAAGGCCAAAUCGGAGCUGAACCAGUUCGAGUCGAACCCCCUAAAUACGAACCACCAAAACCCACGGCGGGAACACCCGCAAAGGUAGAAACUCCGAAACCAGAAUUAUCGAAACAGGAAUCGGUGGUCAAGUUGAAAACAGAGGAAGCUCAAGCGACAGAAAAAAGAAAGGAGGUGAUCGGAGCCCCGGAGGAAUCGGGUGUUAAAAAAGCUAAAAUCGAAGAGGAAGGCGACAACAUGUCGGGGCAAUAUUCGUCCAGCCGGUACAGCUCCGCCUCAUCCAGAGUGAUAGAGGAGUACUCGUCCGUGUCAAGCAGUCGCAAUGGCGUAUCAUCGUACGCGGAGUCAUCAGUUUCGGCAACUGCGUCGAGAACAUCGUCAUCUGCUCUUGGGUCGGAACUGGUUUCCGAAACGACGAGUUCGUACAGUACGGCGAUCGGGGGUUCCGGUGGUAGCGGUGAUGCGAGAACGACGCAACUCGCCCUUACGACGAAGGCCGACGCCGGAAAACCGGUCUUUUCCAAGCCCGUCGAAGGAUGUAAUAUCGAACCAAUACGAGCCAAACAGGCAUUGAUACACGCAAUAGCUGGAGAAAGUGCUUCGUUCGAAUGCACGUUGAACGAAAGCGAUGUACCGCCAAAAAUGCUAUGGCUCAAGGACAACAAACCACUCGAUGACAAACUUGCGGAUAGAGUGAAGAUAAGGACGAUCAACAACCGAACUUUCAAACUGGAGAUCCAAAAUGCAUUGGAAUCCGAUUCAGGAAUUUACACCGCCAGGGCAGUCAACGGUGAUGGUACAGCCAGUUGUACCGCACAGCUCAUCGUUCAAGAACUGACUGCUGAGGAAAGAAAAGCUAGGGCGGAAGCGAACGCUCCGAUUUUCUUGGUCCGCCUUAAGGACACAGAGCUUUUAGAAAAUACGUAUUUGCGCUUCAUGAUCAAGGUCAAGGGAGAUCCGAAUCCCGAUCUCAAGUUUUACAAGGACGACGUCCUUAUCGAUUCGAAGAACGAACGCAUUCAGAUAGUGACUGAAAAAGCCGACAAGGGUUUCUACGAGCUCGUUAUCGCAACGGUUCAACCGGAAGACGCCGGUAAAUAUUCUUGCAAAGCAAGAAACCGUUUCGGCGAAGCUGAAUGCGAAGCUACAGUUACCGUUACCGAUGAAAAAAGUAUAUUCGCCGGACUACCCGAAGGAUUAUUGGAGCCUGGCGUGGAACCACAUUUCCAAUGGCUCAGAGACGGCCGACCAUUCGACCCUGAAGAGAGGUUCAAGGUAUUGUUCAAGGACAGCGAAGACACUCUCGCGCUUGUUUUCCAACACGUGAAGCCAGAGGAUGCAGGGCUAUACACCUGCGUUGCUCAAACUAGCACCGGUAACAUCAGUUGCAGUGCUGAAUUGACGGUUCAAGGGGCUGUGAACCAGCUGGCGAAAGAACCGGCAAAACCCAAAUUGGAAUCAGAAUUCAAACAAUCUGAAGUUAACGCAGGUGGUUCAGCCAUGCUUGAUUUACAAGUCAAAGGAUUCCCCAAGCCUGACAUUAAGUGGUCGAAGGACGGCGAAGAGAUUCUGGCGGGUGGAAGAAUCAAAUAUCUCUGGGAAGAUGAAGAAUCUUUAUCCCUUGUCAUUAAGCAGGUCACGGCCAAGGAUGCUGGCACAUACACCAUCAAAGCGAAGAACGAAUUGGGCGAGGACAGCACGCAGAUUGAAUUAAUCGUUAAAUCUGCUCCUAAGAUAACUAAAAAGAUGACGGAUACCAGUGCUAUAACGCAAGAGACGAUCAAAAUGACCGUUGAGAUUCAGGGAUCACCCGUUCCACAAGUUACCUGGUACAAGGACGGGCAGCUCAUCACCGAGUCGGAACGUAUCAAAAUUACGAAAGAGGAUAAUGAAAGGUACACCUUGACGAUCAAGAAUGCUCGACUCGAUGAUACCGGAUCUUACUCGAUCGUGGCAAAGAACGAAAUCAGCCAGACGUCAGAAUUUUGGAACCUUACCGUCCGAUCGCCUCCCAAAAUAAAGAAGAGGCUCGGAGAACCUAAAGUUAUCGAUGAAGGUGACAGCUUGACGUUACUGAUCGAAGUCGAUGCCGAUCCAGAGCCGACCGUGAAAUGGUUGAAAAAUGGAGAGGUCAUUGUUGAAACCGAACGAAUGAAAAUUGUUCAAGAUGGCGAUAAAUACAUGCUCAAGAUCACAGGAGCCGUUAGCACGGACACUUCAUCGUACAAAGCGGAAGUCACCAACAAGCAUGGCACUACCGUGGACGAAACUAAAGUGCAGGUUCGCAGUGCACCCAAAUUCAAGGCCAAACUGAAGGACGUUACCGCCAACGAAGGUGACUUGAACAUAGAAUUCGAAGUCACGGUUGAAGGGUUCCCCAAACCAAGUAUACAGUGGUUCUUCGGAGGUGUCGAGAUAACGGAAUCGCGAAAGGAAUACACUCGUACCGAACAAGGAGAAAAUUACAAGUUAAUUAUGAAGGAAGUGAAGACUGAAAUGUCUGGAAAAUACACCUGCAGAGUUAAGAACGAAUUCGGACAAGCUGAGAGUACCUCUUCGCUGACCGUUAAUACCAAACCGAAGAUCAUUAAGAAACUCACUGACCAGAGAAUCACCGAGGGAGAAACGCUGCAGCUCAAAUUUGAAGUCUCUGGUGUACCAGAGCCCGAAGUGAAAUGGUUCAAGGAUGGACAGGACGUCUCCGCGGACGCAAGAAUUAAAAUUACAAGGGACAGUAAACGGAAGGAGAGUUACGACCUCACGUUGAAUCUGGUCAAGGGAUCUGAUGGCGGAUUGUACGAAGUCAGAGCAGAAAACCAUAUGGGUGUUGUAAGCAGCAAGAGCAAGGUCGUCGUACAAACAAAGUCAGAAGAAAUUACAGGAGAAAAGCAAACCCUCAAGAUGGAUAUCGAAACCGUCGAAGUAGACGAGGAAGCGAUAGCCCCGAAAAAAGUGACCGAAGAAGAUCAAGAACCAACGAAACAGCAAGGAACCGAAUCUCAAUCUGAAGGUCGCGUUACCCUGGAGAAACAGAGCAUCCAAGUUAUCCGAGGGGAGGGAGAUACGAUUACCAUAUCUGUUGCCUCCACCACCACUCACGAAGCGUUGCUCACAGGUCCCGAUGAGAUGCAUUCCAUUAGCAAGAUGACGACCACUAAAGUCGAAUGUCAAGAAAUAGGCUCUGAGGGACCCCAGGUGGAAGAAAUUGCUUCGUACAGCUAUGUAAUCCAUGAGGAAAGCAACCAAAAGCCUCUCAAUGGAGUUUUGAUAGAAGAAUUUUCUGAGGGUGAAGAAAACAAAACUAAACUCCUUGUUAACAGAGGAGUUUCGAUAGUUUCUGUUUCGGAUGACGAGUCGACUCUGAAAGCUAUAUCUCGUGAUGUUAGUACAGACGAUAUUCAUAAUGCGGAUUUAUGGGAGGCUCAAAAAUUGAUAAACGGAUCGUACGAAGAAUUUUCCAGCCCUAAGAAUGCUGAGGAGAUGAAUUUCAAUUAUCAGAAACCACUAACUGGGAUGAGAUUAACUUCAACUAUAAUUGAAGAAUGUUCUAUUGAAGAAUCUUUAUCAGAGAAACCGACUGAAACUGAAUUAUCACAACCGGAAACUCCGGUUGCUGAGCACACUAAGCUCAGCAGGCAAACUUCAAAGUUGGAAACAACAGAUGUGGAGAAAUUUGAAAUAGUUGAAACUGAUUCACCUCAGUCACAAAUUCCAGUUGCCGAAGAAGGUAAGCUUAGCCGGCAGAGUUCGAAAUUAGAAAAACUGGAGACUGAAAAAUCUGCGAUAGUUGAAUCCGAAUCACCCCAGCCAGAAACUCCAGUUGUUGAGAAAAGUAAGCUCAGGCGACAAAGUUCCAAGUUGGAAAUACUGGAAACUGGAAAAUCUGCAAUAGUUGAAACUGAAUCCCAAAAACCGGAAACUCCACUUGUUGAAGAAAGUAAGCUCAGUAGGCAGGCUUCAAAAUUGGAAGAACUGAAAAUAGAGAGUUCCGAAAAGACUGAGACUGAUUUACCAAAGCCCGAAACUCCCAUCACUGAAAAAAGUAAGCUUACGAGACAGAGUUCCAAGCUGGAAAAAGUAGAUACAGGCAAACGCACAGAAACGGUUGAAACUGAUUUGCCACAGCCAGAAACUCCAGUUAGUGAAAAGAGUAAAUUGAGUCGACAGAGUUCAAAGUUGGAAAAAUUAGAUGUCGGUGAACCAGAAAAAGUGGAGAACAAGGAAUUUUCGCGAGAAAACUCACAGAAAGGCAUCAGAGACGACGACGAAGAAAAAGAUGAAGCAGUGGAGGCACUUCUACGACGUGUAAAAGAGCAACGCAGUGUUCUUGGGGAUAUCCUGGAUAAAGUGGGGGAGAGGGAAAAUUCAGCUUCUCCCGAGAUCGUGAGUUCAAAUCUUGAAGCCCGCAAGAUCUAUGAAACUCAAAGUACAACCUUCGAGGUCAAAGCAGCUGGUAUUCCCAAGCCGGAAGCUAAGUGGUUCAAGGAUGGCAAGGCACUGAAAGUUACCGAUCGCCUGAAAUUCUCUAAUGUCGGAGACUCGUUUAAACUGAUAUUGGUGAAUGCGCAAGUUGAAGAUGGUGGUAUUUACAAAUGUAAUUUAAUCAACAAAUUCGGAGAGAAGGCUAUAGAAGGAGCAUUAAUUGUCGCACCUGUUUCCGAAUACCGGAAACCCAGGUUUGUCGAACCACUGAAGGAUAUAAGUACAGCUCUCGAAAAACCGGUAGAGCUGAAAGCGAUCCUCUUAGCCGAUCCCAUCCCCGACGUAUCUUGGUCGCAUGGUGAUGAAGAAAUAUCACCGAAGAAUGAAAAUGUUACUCUGAAAUUAGAGAGCAAAAAGGUCGAAGACGGCUUAAAUGAAUGCGCAGUCACACUGAGCAUUCCCAAUUGUAGUAACAAAGAUAUUGGCGAAUAUACUCUCAGAGUUAGAAAUAAAUGGGGUAAAGAUGAAUCUAGCGCGCGUUUGGACAUCUUACUCAGACCUGAGAUAGAAGAAUUUAAGGAUCUAGAUGCAGCACCCGAUGAAUUGACACAAUGGGAAGUCAUUGUGAAGGGAAAUCCUAAGCCAAUUAUUAUGUGGGAAAAAGAUGGUAGCGUUUUGCAAUAUGACGAUCGCAUAAAGAUCGUAGAAGAUGUAAAGAACAGAAAAUGCAAACUCAUCAUCAAUCAUCUGAAUUUGAGCGAUGCGGGUACUUACAAGAUCACCGCAAAGAACUCAGAAGGUGAAGCUACCGCACAAGCCAAGCUGACAACCCAUACCGAGGCCCCUACUUUCGUCAAUAAAUUAUCAGAUGGAUCGUUCAAGGACCAAGAAUCUGUUGAGCUUAAAGUUCGAGCAACCGGACUUCCAAAGCCCUCAAUCAAAUGGAUGAAGGAAAAAAUUCAGCUCAAAACUGACGAACGUUACACUAUCACUACCAGCGUAGAAGGACAAGUAGUCAGCACUCUUUUCAUCAAAAAUUUCUCAGCCGAUGAUCGCGCUUUGAUAACUUGCGUAGCGGCUAAUAUUGCUGGGACAGACGAAACAACGUGCAGAUUAUCGAUGACUAGAAUCGCACCAGAAUUCGGUCGUUCGCUACCGAGAUCAGCAGAAGUUGAUGAAGGAGAACCACUUGAAUUAAAAGCUAAACUGGAGGGCAGUCCGAUUCCUUCUGCCAAAUGGUUUAAGAACGGUGAGCCUAUUAAUCCUGACGGCCAUAUCAAGACGGAAGCUCUUCCCGAUGGUACCGUCAAGCUUACAAUCGAAAAAGUAACACCAGAAGAUUGCGGUGCCUACAAAUUAGUUGCUACUAACCCGAACGGAGAAAUUUCUUCGUUGUGCGCUGUAGCUGUUAAACCUGAACCAAGGAAACCAAGCUUCAUUAAGGGUCUCGAAGACGCUAAAGCAAUCGUGGGCCAGCCAUUGAAAUUGGAGGCCCAAGUAGUGGCAUUCCCAACUCCUCAAGUACAAUGGUACAAGGACGGUAUUCCAGUGAGACCGACAAAAGAAAUAAACUUCGAGAACGAUCCCAAAGGUUUGAUCGGACUGAUGAUCGAAAAAGUAAGACCGGAAGAUGCAGGUACCUGGAGUCUCGUGGUCAGAAAUAAACUUGGAGAAAUCACCGGUAGCUCCAAGGUUGAUGUAGAGGAAAAAGAGAAAAAACCUGCCUUCUUAGCAACCUUACAUCCCCUGACAGUUGUCGAAGGCUUCCCUGCAAAGUUCGAAGUGAAAACUGUCGGAAAACCACCGGCAGAGCUGCAAUGGUUCCACAACGGCAAUGAGUUGGUACCGGAUGGCAAGCAUAUAAAAAUCAUAGAAUCGCCAGAUGGAACGCAUGCACUCGUUAUUGAUAAAGCGCGACCACAAGAUACAGGCGAUUAUGAGGUAGUAGCUACCAAUAGUCAAGGUUCAGCUGCAUCCAAAGCAACGCUAAAUGUUGCCAGAAAGGGUACAAGUGGUCAUCCGGAAGAAAGGCCCACAUUCUUAUGUCCAUUGCGAGAUAUUUCUGUCGAGGAAGGACAGCCCUUGUCGCUCAGUGCACCAUUCGUAGGGAAUCCAAUUCCAGAUGUCCAAUGGACUAAAGAUGGAAAACCUGUUCAAAUGGACGAUAGGGUGUUGUCUACUUGUGAUGGAAAGAAAGUUGGCCUACAAAUAAAUCCAGCAACUCCGAAAGAUGCUGGUGUUUACGGUUGUCGUUUGGUCAGUCCUCUUGGCGAGGACGCAACAAGUAGCAAUGUUAAUGUCCGAAAAGUAUACCAGGAACCGACUUUCACGUACAAGUUCUCGGAUCUGCAACAACUGCCGACAUAUGACGCGAAGUUUCCUGCUCGCGUUGACGGUAUACCUCGGCCGGAUAUACAUUGGUACUUCAACGAUACUCCAAUAUUACGGGAUUCGGAUAAGUACAAAAUGAAAAGAGACGGAGAUGCAUGCUGUUUGUACGUGAGAGACUGUACGCCCGCUGAAGCUGGACGAUACAAGUGCAAGGCCGUUAACAAGGCAGGAGAAGCUGAAUGUAUGGCAAAUUUAGAAAUUGUAGACAAGAUCGAAAAGCAGCAGAAGAUGGAACCCCCAUCUUUCCUGAAGAAAAUUGGUGAUAUUGAAGUAUUUAGAGCAAUGACUGCUAAAUUCACAGCCUGUGUCACUGGAUGUCCCGAGCCUCAUUACGAAUGGUUCCAUAAUGACUACAAAUUAUGGCCUUCUGAUCGCAUUCGCAUGGACAAAGAGGGUAGCGGUCUUCUUCGAUUGAGUGUUUCAGGGAUCUGUGAAAGCGAUGUUGGAACAUACCGCUUGAGGAUAUUCAACCCUCAUGGGGAAGAUUCAUGCACCGCAGAAAUGACUUAUGACUCACUUGAACCUCGCAACAAGAAACGUUUAGCCGAUCAAUAUUCAGAUUACGACAAACAUCAAAAAUCAGGAGCGCCAUUACCUCUGGCAGAUAGACCGAUUAUCAGUCGCAUGAUGGAUAGACAUCUGACACUUUCUUGGAAACCAUCAAUUCCAAUCGGACCCAGGAUACCUGUUACCUAUUUGGUCGAGAUGAGCGAAUUGCCUGAUGGAGAUUGGUUUAGCGCUCGCACUGGAGUCCGAAGUUGCGUGUGCGAUAUUCGUAAUCUAGAACCGUUCCGCGAUUACAGGUUCAGAAUUAGAGUUGAAAAUAAAUAUGGAAUCAGUGAUCCUUCUCCGUAUGCUCAAACCCACAGAGCAAAGUUAGAACCAGACCCACCCAAGUUUUUCCCAUACUUGUCACCAGGUAUAGACUUCCGUCCUGAAACCAGCCCCUAUUUCCCGAAAGACUUUGAUAUAGAAAAACCACCUCACGACGGCUACGCUCAAGCACCGAAAUUCUUGAGACAAGAAUGGGAUACUCAGUAUGGUGUUAAGAAUCAUAAUUCAAAUCUGUUCUGGUUCGUGUAUGGGUAUCCAAAGCCGACCAUGCAAUAUUACUUCAAUGAUGAGUUGAUCGAAUCUGGUGGACGUUAUGACCAUAGUUAUACUCGAAAUGGACAAGCCACGUUGUUCAUAAAUAAAAUGCUAGAGAGAGAUGUAGGAAUGUAUGAAGCGGUAGCAACUAAUGAACACGGGGAAGCGAGACAACGCGUUCGACUAGAAAUAGCUGAAUACCCCACAUUUAUUCAGCGACCUGAUGAAACGAUAAUCAUGAUGAGGAAAUCAGGAAGACUCGAAGCACGUGUUAUCGGCGUCCCAUAUCCUGAACUCAAAUGGUACAAGGAUUGGAAACCUCUCACAUCAUCUUCUAGAAUCAAGAUUCAAUUUGUAGAACCAGAUACUUCGGUUCUUAUCAUCAAUGAUGCCAUCAGCAAAGACGAAGGUCUUUAUUCACUCAGUGCGCGAAAUGUCGCGGGAUCAGUUUCAAGUUCGGCUAUGAUUCAUAUAGAAGAAAAUGAGCACGAGUACGGUUACAGAACGUAUACCAAGAGUAAAGAAAUCAAGGCAAAUCCUAAACCAUUUGGACAUUUCUAUGACUUGGGCGAUGAACUGGGACGAGGAACGCAGGGUGUAACAUAUCAUGCUGUAGAAAGAUUAACAGGACGUAACUAUGCCGCUAAAGUAAUGCACGGUUGUGGAGAGUUACGGCCAUUCAUGUACAAUGAAAUGGAGAUCAUGACCAGACUCAAUCAUCGCAAACUCCUACGCUUACAUGACGCUUACGAAACCGAUCGAUCAUUGUCACUUGUUAUGGAAUUAGCAUCCGGAGGAGAACUGGUAGAUAAUUUGAUUCGUCAGCCUUAUUAUACGGAGGGAGAUAUUGCUGGUUAUAUCAGACAGAUAUUAUGGGGUCUGGAAUACAUGCAUAGCCAUAACUACGCUCAUCUCGGUUUAACUCUUGGAGAUCUCCUCAUUUCUCACCCAGGGGGAGAUGAUUUGAAAUUCGGGGACUUUGGACUAUCGAGAAAAAUCAUUUAUGGAAAACUAAUGACUUUGGCAUACGGAAUGCCCGAGUAUGUUGCACCAGAGGUUGCUAAUGGUGAAGGUGUAAGCUAUGGUGCUGAUAUGUGGUCCCUUGGUAUCAUCACAUACAUUUUGUUGUCCGGAAUUUCUCCAUUCCGGGGUAUCAAUGACAGGGAAACUCUGACUAAAAUCAAAGAAGGCAGAUGGGAAUUCGAUGAUCGCUGGUCGUAUAUAUCAGAAGAAGGAAGAGACUUCAUUAGGAAACUUCUUGUCUAUCAAAUUGAUGGAAGAAUGGAUGUAACGGCAGCAUUGCGUCAUCCAUGGCUUAAUUUGGCCGAUAAAAUGCCCGCAGACCCGUACAGAAUAUCUUCGGAGAACUUGCGGAACUAUUACGAUCUUUACAGAGAUUGGUGCAGCAAUGCGUCUUGCCGCACAUGGUAUCGCAGAAGAAGGUUGAGCGGAGCAUUCGAGCAUCCGUCGAAGAUGGUUUAUCCACCUGGACAGAAAUACACCCCUGAAUCUACUCCCGAGAGAACGGUCCCUGCCAGAAACAAACUACCUCCUAGAACAUGGGAAAAUCAAGUUCCAUCAAGAGAGCCUAUUGAUACCGAGAUUGGAGUUAUCAAAAGUGAAAGCCACUAUCAAUAUGGACCAGAUACAUAUCUACUACAGCUACGAGACACUGAUUUCCCUGUGCGUUUGCGUGAAUAUAUGAAAGUUGCCACGAACCGGAGCCCAGGGUAUUCCCGCAGUCUUAUGGAAGACAACACUUAUGAUUGGAGGACACCUAUUAUUCGGGAACGCCGUCGUUUUACUGAUGUAAUGGAUGAAGAGAUUGAUGACGAGCGUAAAGCAAGAAUUAACAAAUAUGGAUCUGCAGAUACCUACACCCUCAGACGACUACGCCAUGAGCUGGGUACCCGUCUAGACACUUAUGCAGAAGCUGAGGCUUUAAUGGAGACUAAAAAGGAUGGACAUACUCCUUUCUUGCGCGAAAAACCACAACUUUUACCAAUCCAGAAUGACAAACCCGCACAGCUUGUGUGCUUGGCUGUUGGAAAUCCCAAACCCUCCGUGCAAUGGUUCAAAAAUGACCUAGUAAUUCAAGAAGGAAGUCGGGUAAAAGUUGAAGAAGAUAGCGAUGGUAGAUCAAUUCUGAAGUUUAAUCCGGCAAGAGACUUUGAUGUAGGCAUAUACAAGGUUGUAGCUAGAAACAAGGUAGGACAAACAGUAGCUAGAACCAGGGUACUCCUAGCAACUGUUCCUUCGCCACCCGAUUCACCGCGAGCGACAGAAGUCUCGGACACUGAAGUUUUGCUGAAGUGGAAACAGCCCAAGGAUGAUGGCAAUUCUGCCAUACUAUGCUACAACUUGCAAUACAAGCCAGAAACUGGGAUGGAUUGGGUUGAUGUUGCCAGUAACAUCGACCAUGAGUUUUAUCUCGUUAAGGAUCUCAAGCCCGAAACUAGUUACUAUUUCAGACUUGCGGCUAGAAAUCAAAUUGGUUGGAGUGAAAAAGGUAUUCCAACUGAGCUGGUAAAAACGAAAGAAUACGGCUGCCCCAAGGUGCAAGUAACACGCGCUAUGAAACAUCUCCAGCAGCUGACUGAAUCUGGGCAGGAAAUCAUUCUGGAGGAGAACAAAGUGCACAUUGAUUACAACGUGGAGGACAAUCCAGUCGAAUGGUCUCAAGAUGUUAAACUUACCGAUGAGUAUAGCUUUAUUUCAGAAUUGUGUCGCGGACAAUUCUCCGUUGUUGUGAAAGGGGUGGAAAAAUCUUCAGACAGAGUUGUUGUAGCAAAGAUUUUGGAAAUCAAGGAUGAUACUGAGGAGCAAGUCGAAAAUGAAUACGAAACAUUACGUUCCCUUAGACACGAAAGAAUAGCGGUUCUGGAAGCAGCUUACAGAAACCCCAGGUCACCAGUUGCUGUUUUAAUCCUAGAAAAACUUCAGGGGGCUGAUGUUCUAAGAUAUUUAUCAAGCCGUCAUGAAUACACUGAAAACUGUGUAGCAACAAUUGUAACACAAAUUUUAGAUGCGCUGCAAUAUCUCCACUGGAGAGGAUUGUGUCACCUAGACAUUCAGCCUGACAAUGUUGUGAUGGCUUCAGUUCGCUCAAUACAGGUGAAACUUGUUGACCUGGGAUCAGCUCGUACUGUAACGAAAUUAGGUACCUUAGUUCCUCAGUCGGGACACCCAGAAUACAGAGCACCAGAACUUAUGAAUGAAGAACCAGCUUAUCCACAGACCGACAUAUGGAUGGUCGGCGUGCUCACUUAUGUUCUCUUAUCCGGAAUUUCACCAUAUAAAGGAAAAGACACUGAUGAAACUCGCCAGAAUAUCAGUUAUGUUAGGUACCGAUUCGAACAUCUCUACAAAGAAUUGAGCCAAGAAGCUACUAGAUUCCUUAUGCUUCUGUUCAAGCGAACUCCAAGUAAAAGACCAACUGCUGAAGAAUGUCAUGAACACAGAUGGCUGCUGCCAACAGAAUUUAUGAUUAAAAAACGAGAAAGGGCAGUAUUUCUUGGUAAUCGGCUAAAGCAAUAUAAUGAAGAAUAUCACCAGGAAAAGCUGAAAUUAGCUUCAAAGAGUGAUAACUUAACAUCAGCGUUCGGUUCAACGCGUCAACUUAUCAGAUCAAACAGCAUACAAGAAGAAUUGACAACCAACUUCUGAAAUGUGGAUUAAGUUGCGAUUUUCCAAUCACGUAUUUAUUUAUUUUACUGUUUAUAAUUUAUUCGAGUCUAGUCACUCCCGUAAAAUGAAGAUCUGGGAGCCUAUUUGAAAAGAUCAAUCUGAAGUUGUGAUUUUCCUUGUUUUUUUGUUAUUAUUUAUUUGUUAUAACUUGUAAUUAUCAUUAUUAUGUAAUCUUUCGUUUUAUCCAUAGGUUCCAGCAGCACAGAAAUUUUGAUUUUUGACUGGAACACUCCGAUCGAUAUGUGUGGAGUAUUAGUAUUGACAAUUAAAAAGAAGCGAAUGAAUGAAUAUUAACUUUGAUGAAACACACUCCAAAUAUAUUUAGAUCAAAUAUCAAUAAUUGGAAUUAGCCAAAAGCGGCGUCUGUAAUCGAGAAAUAUUAUAAACCAUAAUGCGCUAAUAAAAAUUUAAAACAAG